AUGGUGAUGAGGAGCCACCAGAUCGUCGCCGUCGCGCCGCCGCCGCGCGUGCCGGUGCCCCCGCCGCGCUCGUUCCUCCGCACGGUCGGCGCCGGCCUCCGGGAGACGCUCUUCCCGGACGAGCCGUGGCGCGCCGUGGCGCGCGAGCCCGCGGGCCGGGCGCGCGCGCUCGCCGCGCUCCGCUACGCGCUCCCCUGCCUCGAGUGGCUGCCGUCCUACUCGCUCGCCGACCUCCGGGCCGACGUCGUCUCCGGCCUCACCGUCGCCAGCCUCGCCGUCCCGCAGGGCAUCAGCUACGCCAGGCUCGCCGGACUGGACCCCGUCAUCGGCCUCUACUCGAGCUUCGUGCCGGCGCUGGUGUACACGGUGCUGGGGAGCUCGCGGGACCUGGCGGUGGGCACCAUGGCCGUCGGCUCGCUGCUCUUCGCCUCCACGCUGGGGCCGGCGGCGCCGCCCGCCUCGGAGCCGGCGCUGUACGCGCGCCUCGCCUUCACGGCCACCUUCUUCGCGGGCGCCUUCCAGGCCGCGCUGGGCCUGCUCCGCCUCGGCUUCCUCGUCGACUUCCUCUCGCACGCCGCCAUCGUCGGCUUCAUGGGCGGCUGCGCCACCGUCGUCUGCCUCGGCCAGCUCAGGGGGUUCCUCGGCCUCCCGCACUUCACCCACCACACCGGCCUCCCCGCCAUCCUGGCCUCCGUCUUCUCCCAGACGGGCCAGUGGCACUGGCAACCCUUUGUUCUUGGAUGCUGCCUCUUCCUCUUCCUGCAAAUCACUCGAUACUUGGGCAAGAGGCGGCCCAAGUUGUUCUGGGUAUCGGCGGCGGCGCCGUUGGUCUCGGUCAUCCUCUCCACCGUUCUGGUCUACCUCAUCCAUGGGGAGAAGCACGGAAUUCAAUCGAUCGGCUCCAUCAAGAAGGGCAUAAACCCGUCCUCCAUCCACAGCCUGCUCUUCUCGUCGCCGCACACGUGGCUCGCCGCCAAGACCGGGAUCAUCACCGGCAUCAUCUCCCUCGCUGAAGGGUCCGCGGUGGCGAGGAGCUUCGCCAUGGCCAAGAACUACCACGUCGACGGGAACAAGGAGAUGAUCGCCUUCGGGGCGAUGAACAUGGCGGGGUCCUGCGCCUCCUGCUACCUCACGGCGGGGCCCUUCUCGCGCUCGGCGGUCAACCGCGACGCCGGCUGCCGGACGGCCGCGUCCAACGCCGUCAUGGCGCUGGCCGUGCUGGCCACGCUCCUCUUCCUCACGCCGCUCUUCCGCCACACGCCGCAGGUGGCGCUCUCGGCCAUCAUCGCCUCCGCCAUGCUGGGCGUCGUCGACCUCCGCGCCGCGGCGCGCCUCGCGCGCGUGGACAAGGUCGACUUCUGCGUCUGCCUCGGCACCUUCCUGGGCGUCGUCUUCGCCAGCGUCGACAUCGGCCUCGUCGUCGCCGUCGCGGUGCUGGUCCUCCGGAUCCUGCUCUCCGUCGCGCGGCCGCGGACGAUGGCCCUGGGGAGGGUGCCGGGCACCACGGUGUACCGGAGGAUGGACCAGUACGCCACGGCCCGGGGCACGCCUGGGGUGCUCGUGCUCCGCAUCGACUCGCCCAUCUACUUCGCCAACGCGAGCUACCUGCGGGAGAGGAUCGCGCGGUGGGUCGACGACGAGGAGGACAGGAUCAGGGCCGCCGGCGAGGAGAGCCUGCGGUGCGUCGUCCUGGACAUGGGAGCCGUCACGAGCAUCGACUCGUGCGGGACCAAGAUGGUGGAGGAUCUCAAGAAGAGCCUCGACAAGAGACGCCUGCAGAUGGCGCUGGCGAACCCCGGGAGCGAGAUCAUGAGGAAGCUGGACAAAUCCGAGGUGCUCCAGCUCGUCGGCGACGAGUGGAUCUUCCUCACGGUGGCCGAGGCCUGCGACUACGCGCAGAGCAACUGCAAGUUUGGAACCGUGUCUCCUGAUGAGAUGGUCUGA